UUCGCCUGAAAACUGUCGGAUCGUCUCGAUAAAAACUGUGACGUUCGCUGGGGAAGCGACGUGACGUUUGCAGUGCACGACGUAAACAUAAAGGAAUCGAGCAAGCUGAAGUUUUCCUUUUGUCGCCGAAACAACAAACCGAAGAACAAUCGAUUUUCGAUUAUAUCUAUCUGCUGUGCGAGCGAGGGGCGGGGGAGCACAGAAAUGACAACGGCGUAAAAAUCGCGUAAAACUUCAGCUAGAUUCGGUUUUUAUAUGCAGUCGGCAGUAUUCUUGUAUCAGUCUGAAUCAUGUGUCAAUUUAUCGUUCGCAGUAAAUUUGACAAGUGAAAGCCGGUAAAUGGUUUCGGUUUUGUGAAAUUGCUUCGUACGGGUUUGUAUUCUCUGGCAGGGAAACAGACAAUGAAAUUGAUUCCGAAGUGAGUGCACAUCAAAAUUCUCAUCAUCGUCAAACGCGGAGAGACUCGUCCCCCUACCCAAAUCUGCUCUUCUCUGGUUGAUUGAAUGGCGUAAAAAUCAUAUAUGAUGGACUCACUUGCCCUCCUGUUCCCCCUCAAAGAAUUCCUCUUCCCCAACAAAAAGCGAGUUCGUCCCAGCCUGGCAGGAGAUAAGAACGAACAGAUAUAACAUUGUGAAUUUUAGUCGGAAAUAGAGCAAAGCAACGGCAGAAAUGAAAGCAAUGUGCGACGCACGGUCUUCAUUCGAACUCCACGUGGAGUGGUGCUGUGUCCGAAUUCAUAGACAUUGGACAGUACAUUUGGUGGGUAUGCCUCCGAUACGUGCUCGGGUCGACCAAAUAAAACCUGCUGGUGAUUGGGCUGCGGAUACCAUUCCGGCAAAUUAUGUACGACAACUGCGCGAGUACUUCGCAGAACGCGCCAACCAAAACGCGCUAUACCGGGCUGUCUGCGCCGCCGACACAGGAUACAGCGCUCUGCACUUGGCGCAAGCGGAGUACCAACUCAACUGCAAUCUGCAGACAGUGGAGGAGAAGAUUGCAGCUUGGAAGCAGAAGGCAGUGCAUGCUGCCCACCCCCAUCAACUGGACCGGCCACACGUCGACAAGGCCGCAUCUAAUCUGUGGCUAACGCGUGGUGAACUCUCUUCAGUAGUAGAAGCCGACAUGAUAGCCAUCCAGGACAGGAUAAUGCCGACGAGAAACUGCAGGCGGUACGUCUGGCAUCAAGACGUUGAUGACAUUUGCCGGAUGUGCCAUCAACCAGGUGAAAACAUAGAGCACAUUAUGGGAGGCUGUCCCGUUAUGGCCAACGCAGCCUACACCGAGCGACAACGUGGCCCGUAUUGUUCAUCGACAACUGGCGCUCCAAUGUGCUCUACUGGAAGACAACGUACCAAACUACCGGUACCUGCCUGCACCUGUCCUGUAAAAUGACCGUUUCAAGCUGUACUGGGAUCGCACUGUUCUGACCGACCUCUCGAUCCACCACAACCGUCCAGAUAUAAUGGUUUACGACAAGAGCGACCGCAAAGUCACCAUCAUCGAUGUCGCUAUUCCACUGAACCAGAAUCUGGAGGAGACCCACGGUCGCAAAAUCUGCAAGUACCGACCAUUGGCCGUGGAGCUCAAGGAACUGUGGGGGCUAAGGGAGGUCCCAAGAAUUGUUCCAGUUGUUCUCUCUGGAACUGGAAUUGUCCCGAAGACACUUCUGGAAGCGCUAAAGGUGUUGAACAUGGAGAAGGAAUUGGCCGGCAUCCAAAAGUCGGUCAUCCUUAGCACCUGCGCGAUUGUCCGACAAUUUCUCGGUCAGGACUGAAACAGCACGAGCAUGCAGAUACGUGCAUUCCGCAGAGCCUAGUCCCCCUUUGGCAUUCAGAAGCCCGGGGGCAGGUGAA